CCGAUCCCAUGUUCUAUAACUACCAGGAUUGGCGCGGGAAGGCUGAGCUCGGUUCGGUUGCAGUGUACCUUGAGCACGACUUCUCCCUCUCUCGCUCCUUUUCGCCGGCCGCCUGCCUUACCCUUCAGACCUCCAGUCAAGAUGAGUGAUAAACCUGAUUUGUCUGAAGUGGAAAAGUUUGAUAGAUCAAAACUGAAGAAAACCAAUACUGAAGAAAAAAACACCCUUCCCUCGAAAGAAACUAUCCAGCAGGAGAAAGAGUGUGUCCAAACAUCAUAAAAUGAGGAUCUCCUUCCAAAAGCAAUGUCUUAGUUUGGAGCCUUUUUCUUCAUGUGAUGUAGAUGGUUUAAGCAUCUGGUGCCUGCUCACCCGUACCCCCUGACUGAGAGGCCAGGAGUAGUUAGUUUUUCCCUACAUUCAUAUUUAAAUUUUCUAUUGUUGUGUGAAUUCCAGCUAACAGAUGCUGCCAAUAAUCUCACUAUCAUUGACCUUUUAAUGUAUAAUCCCUUGUACUCUCAAAGGGUUAGCCACUUUUCAUUUUGUGGAAUGGUGAUUGUGUAAUUUUGUGAUGUCUCCAUUGCUCCAUGAUUUUCAUGAAGUGAUAUGCAUUUGUAAUUUCACAGUUUUUUUUUCCUCAUUUCUAAUGUAGUGAUAAAAUGAAAAAAUGUAAUAAUGAUA